AUGGACGGCGAGGCGGGGUCCGCGGCGGGGGUGGGCUCCGAGGGCCUGUUCGAGGACAGGCGCAAGGGCUGCGACUCGAGCGGCGAGGCUGUGGUUGGGCACUUGCUGCUGGAGGCUGCCGAGCCGGUGACCCUGCGCGCGCAGCGCCUGGAGGCCCAGGGCCGCGCCGCCGGCGCCGCGGACCCCGCCGCCGCCUCGGGGGUGGAGAGCCUGACCGUGCGCCUGAGCCUGCGCGAGCCCCCGGCCGGUGAAGGCAUCCUCUUGCUACAGCCUGGAAAACAUGAAUUCCCAUUCAGCUUUCAGCUUCCGUCGGAACCUUUGGUAACCUCAUUCACCUGGAGAUACGGAAGUGUUCAGCACUGUGUGAGAACGGUUUUGGAACGACCUGAUCAGAUUGUUAAGCGGGAACUCCAGGUCGUCAGUCACAUCGAUGUCAACCCACCAGCAUUACUAACCCCUGUACUGAAAACUCAACAGAAGAUGGUUGGCUGUUGGUUUUUCACUUCUGGUCCAGUCUCGCUGAGUGCCAAAACUGAAAGAAAGGGAUACUGUAAUGGAGAAGCAGAAAUAGGGAAUUGUUCCUCUCGUCUGAUUGUUCCCAAAGCUGCCAUUUUCCAGACGCAGACGUACCUCGCCAGCGGGAAAACAAAGACCGUGCCCACGGUGGCCAACGUGCGUGGGAACCACACCGCCUCCGGGAGCACCGGCACCUGGAACGGGAAGACCCUCAAAAUCCCGCCCGGGACGCCGUGCUGCAUCAUCCGAGUGGACUACUCCUUAGCUGCGUAUAUUCACAUUCCUGCUGCUAAAAAAUUGAUGCUUGAGCUGCCCUUAGUGCCUGGCAUGGUCCCAUACAAUGGUUUUGGCAGCAGGAACUCCAGCACUGCCAGCCAGUUCAUUAUGGAUAUGAGCUGGUUGACACUGACUCUGCGAGAACAGCCUGAAGCACCACCAAACUGCGCAGACAUGGUAUCUGAGGAAGAAUUCUCUAGACACAUUCCUCCUUACCCUCAACCCCCUAACUGGGAGGGCGAGUCAUGCUGUCCUCUGUUUGCCUGCACUCAGGAAUUCAGAUUUCAGCCUCUGCCUCUUUAUUCAGAGGUUGAUCCACAUCCUAGUGACAUAGAAGAGACCCAGCCUGUUUCCUUCAUUCUCUGA